GAUGCCGAUUGGUUGAGUUUCUCGGACUGCGUUUGCCGUUUGGCCCUGGCAGGUGACGGUCUCAGAUGCGUCCCCGCCCCCAGCCUGGGCCGGGGUCCGGAGCGCGGCUCCGCGGGGCGGGGGCCAGGACUGGGGCUAGGGCUACGGCCGGGGCUGGGCCAGGGGCCGAGGCCAGGGCCGGGGCUGGAGCUGGGUCCGGGCGGCCGCGCUGACAGCUCACUCAGCUGGACCAUGGAGAUUGGCGCUUGCCCGAGCCCCCAGCGCCUGCUUGCCUGCCUGCGGCUGCUCUUCCUCUUGCUGUUUCUGGGGCCCAGCCGGCCUGGCACCGCCGAGGAGGUUGUCCUUCUGGAUUCCAAGGAAUCCCAAGCUGAGCUAGGCUGGACUGCACUGCCCAGUAAUGGGUGGGAGGAAAUCAGUGGAGUCGAUGAGAACGACCGACCAAUCCGAACCUACCAGGUGUGCAACGUCCUGGAACCCAAUCAGAACAACUGGCUGCAGACAGGUUGGAUCGGGCGGCGCGGUGGGCAGCGGAUUUUCAUCGAGCUCAAGUUCACACUUCGGGACUGUAGCAGCAUCCCAGGGGUGGCAGGAUCUUGCAAGGAGACCUUCAACCUCUACUAUACUGAGGCAGAGGCGGAGGCUGGGGCUGGAGUAGAGGGGGAGGGAAAUGGCGGGGCUGGGCUAGGUGGAAGCCUGAGCGAGAGUCGCCAGCGCAAGGUAGCCACCAUCGCGGCGGAUGAGAGCUUCACUCAGGGGGAUCUGGGAGAGCGGAAGAUGAAGCUGAACGUGGAGGUGAGGGAGAUUGGGCCACUGAGCAGGGACGGCUUUCACCUGGCCUUCCAAGAUGUGGGCGCCUGCGUGGCCUUGGUCUCCGUGCGAGUGUAUUACAAGCAGUGCCUGGCCACGGUGCAGAACCUGGCAGCCUUCCCGGACACCGUGGCAGAGGCUGCCUUCUCGUCGCUGGUGGAAGUCACUGGCACGUGCGUGGCCCAUUCGGAGGGGGAGCCCGGGCGCCCUCCCCCUCGAAUGCACUGCAGUGCCGAUGGGGAGUGGCUCGUGCCCGUGGGCAGGUGCAGCUGCAGCGCGGGCUUCCAGGAGCGGGAGGAAUCCUGCGAAGCCUGCCCCCCUGGAUUUUACAAGGUGUCCCCACGGAGGCCACUCUGCUCCCCGUGCCCCGAACAUAGCAGCGCUCUGGCCAACGCCUCCACGCUCUGCGUCUGCCAGGACAGCUACUCCCGCUCCCCAGCGGACCCACCCUCAGCCUCCUGCACCCGUCCUCCGUCUGCCCCCCGAGAUCUGGUCUACAGGCUGAGCCGCUCCACCCUGCUGCUGCGCUGGAGUCCCCCGGAGGACUCUGGGGGCCGUUCCGACGUCACUUACACAGUCCUGUGCCAGCGUUGCCCCGAGGAUGGCCCGGGCGCGGGGCAGGGGCAGGGGUUUGGCCAGGGACCCGGGGGCUCCGGGGGCGCCUGCGAGUCCUGUGGGCCCAGCGUGAGUUUCGUGCCGCGCCAGACCGGACUGCGAGAGAGGACAGUCACCUUGCUCAACCUGCUCCCACACUCCCACUACACCGUUCGGGUGGCAGCGCUCAACGGCGUCUCCGGCCUGGGCGCCGUGGGGACCACUUAUGCCCAGGUCACCGUCUCCACGGGUCUGGCGGUAUCCAGUGGAGUGCCUGAGAUCCAUCCAGACCGAGUGGAACCCAAGAGUGUCUCCCUCUCCUGGGAGGAACCAGGGUUCCCAGGGGCUCCAGGAACCAACAACACUGAAUAUGAAAUUCAGUACUUUGAGAAGGGCCAGAGGGAACAGACUUAUGCCACUGUCCGGACAGGAGCUCCUGCUGUCACCGUCAAUAACCUGAAGCCAGCUACGCUCUACGUUUUCCAGAUCCGAGCCGCCUCGCCCUCCCUCUCCCCAGAAGUUGGAAACUUCACUCCCAGCAUAGAAGUAGAGACUCUGGUGGAAGCUGGUUCAAGGGCUAGGAAACAGAACCCUGUGGUGGUUGCUGUCAUAGUCGCUGUAGCUGCCCUGCUCAUCCUUGGCUUCGGGCUCAGCUCUCUGGCCAUUUGGAAGAGGCAGUGCGGGUAUGGAAAAGGCCUUGGAGAUGGCAAUGAUGAAGAGCUUUACUUUCACUUUAAAGUCCCGACAAGGCGGACAUAUAUUGACCUGGAAAACUGUGCUGAUCCCAUGCAGGCUUUGCACCUGUUUGCCAAAGAGCUGGACAGCUCCAGUGUGUCUGUCCACAGCAUCAUCGGCACAGGUCAGUUUGGAGACCUGUGCAGUGGCUGCCUGAGGCUGCCGGGUGGGAGGGAGCUUCUGGUGGCUGUCCAUACUCUCCGGGAUGGCGCUUCAGAAAAGCAGAAGCUCCGUUUCCUGGCAGCAGCCUGGGCUUUGGGUCAGUUUGACCACUCCAAUAUUGUCCGGCUGGAAGGAGUUGUCACCCGAGGUCUCACCAUGAUGAUUGUCACCGAGUACAUGGGCAACGGGGCCCUGGAUGACUUCCUCAGGAGGUACGAUGGGCAGCUGACCGUGAGCCAGCUGCUGGGGCUGCUGCCGGGGGUGGCAUCGGGGAUGCGAUACCUGUCAGAGAUGGGCUACGUCCACCGCGGCCUGGCUGCGCGGCACGUCCUGGUCAGCAGCAGCCUGGACUGCAAGAUCUCGGGCUUUGGGCAGGGCCCGCAGGACCAGGCUGAAGCUGUCUACACUACCUUGAGUGGCCGGAGCCCGGUUCUGUGGGCUGCCCCCGAGACCGUCCAGUUGGGCCAGUUUACUUCAUCCAGUGAUGUGUGGAGCUUUGGGAUCCUCAUGUGGGAGGUGAUGGCGUUUGGAGAGCGGCCGUACUGGGACAUGUCCAGCCAGGAUGUGAUCAAGGCCAUUGAGGAUGGCUUCCGGCUCCCAGCUCCUCGGAGCUGCCCCUCUUCGCUGCACCAGCUCAUGCUCCAUUGUUGGAGGAAGGACCCCAGGGAGAGACCCAGGUUCACACAGAUCCAUAAUAUCCUGUGCAAAAUGGCAGAAGCUCCAGAGACUCCUCCAAGCGCCACCCUCACCUGCCCCAGAUAUGUCCCAGACAACCUCACCUGUCCUAGAUAUGUCCCUGACAUCCUCACUCUCACCUGUCCCAGUUCUGUGGAUGAGUGGCUGGAGGCCCUGAACCUGGACCAGUACAAGGAUAGAUUUGCUGCUGCUGGUUAUGACUGCCUAGAGGCUGUGGCCAUGAUGAAUCUUGAUGACUUAUUCAGUCUGGGUAUCUUCCCUCGAGCACAUCGAGAUAUCCUCCUGAGUGGCAUUCGAAUGCUUCGGGCACGAGUCAUUGAACUUCAGGGCCAAGGGGUUCAGGUGUGAGCCGGAUUCCCCCUUUCUCUCAUGGCCCAGGGACACCGGCUGCUUUGCGCUGCCCGCGUCCCCUCUCAGCCUGUCCUCUGGCUGGGCUCCAGGUGACCUGGAGAUCACACACAGCCCGGAGAUCGGUGGCCUCCUUGGGCUUCUGAUAGCUUGUCUGACCUCAAGCCACCGGACUCUAAGCCUGUGGCCCUGUGGAUCCCAGGGUACAGAGCCUGCCUGAAGGAGCAGAACAGGUGUGGGGGGAAGAGGGCCAGUGACUCUCCUACUUCUCAGUCCCGGCCUGCUCUGUUCCCUUAGCAGCUUCCUGCCCCCUAACUCCCAGCUCCCCUUCCCUUAAUCUCCACAAAUGUCUUUAUUCCCAAACCUGUGGGACCCUCUGGCCUAUAAGAAAAGAUGAGGGGCUCUGGGAAGUACAUAUGGAGUAUUCUCAAUUCUUUUCCCCCAACCCAUUCGCUUUUCUCUUCCACACACAUGGGAUUUGGUCCCUCUUUGGGGCUGGACUCAAGGGACUGAGGAGGUAGGUAGCUGAAGCUUUGGAAGGGACAUCUGCUUCUCUGGUCCUACCCAGUCCUGGUAGUAUGGGCCAGACAGGGACCUUCCCAGGUGCCCUUCCCCACCCUAACCCCCUGCUCUCCCAAAACCUACACUGGAAACGUGAGAGGAGACCAGGUGGGCACUGGUAAGCAGCCCCCAAAACCUUGGGAUCUAGCUAGCUAACCUGAGGGUUGGUCUUAGGGUCCCCAAUCUCAGGUGCUUAUAGAGACACUUCUCUGUCUGUCUUCUGUUCAUCUCUUCCUCCUGGGGUCUUGUCAGAACUACCACCCAAGGCCAUUUCAUCUACUCCCACCAUCUCCAUCCCCCUGACUCCCAGACCAACUUGAAUCUGUCUUGUUUAAAGAUAUCACUGCCUCCUUGGAAGUUCUUCAACAAGUCCAGUGUCCAUCUUUGUUGCUGCCAGUUCCUUUUCACCCUGGAGUGAGAGAGGACCUACCCUCGGAGUAAUUCACCCCGAAUCUGCCACACUCCUGCUGCCAACCUGGGGGGGAGGAGGGAGACAAACAGGGUUCUCAUUUUUAAACUUUAUAAACUAGCAAGAGUUUUGCCUUUUCCCCCCUGUACCUGGCCCAGGUAAGAACUUGUUCUCUGCACAUAAAAACCCUAUUCUCCAGACUCCAGGGAGUAUGGGAAGAGAAUCAGAGAAUGUCAGACCUAGAAGUGAGCGCAGGUAACCUAGUCCAACUUUCCCAUUUUAUGUACGGAGAAAGUGAGUCCCGGAGAGGGAAAGCAGCUUGCUCCAAGUUGCCGAGUCGGUAGAAUAGCUGGGACCAGAAACAAGGUUUUUUGACCCUUAGGACUUUCCCCAUUUCUUCUGUGACUUUAACUGUCCUCUGAUAGAGUGACCCAAAGUCUGGGAAGUCCUCUUAGAAUAAGUAGGAGCUGAGCCAGACCUUGAAGGACAGGUAUAGAGCGAGCCAGGAGGGAGGGCACUUGGAUGGGAGUGAUCUUGGCAGCUUGGGAGUUACAGGUGAGAUGCAAUCCAAAGCCUGGUAUGAGUGGAGUAGGCUGGGGAGGGGGGAAGUGAGGUGGCCUGGGAAGAAUGCCAGGAGGCUGGCAAGGGGGACAGCUAGUCCUGACUGGUCCAAAUACAGACCAACAGAUUUGAAAAUCAGUCAGUAGUUUGGAGCCCAGAGCUGGGAGUAAGGGUCUACAUCAAGAGAAAAAGUGCUCCAUACCCACCCCCUCCCAGUCACAUCAUUUCUCCAAGGCUAAAUAUCCCUGACUUUUCUGUGGAUAGGAGCUAUUUACGGGUGCCUAGGAGUGAGAUCUGGGUUCCAUCUACCUUUUGGACUGUAGCUUGUGACAUCUAAGGGUGGGCUGAAAGAACUUGAGAGAAGAUUUGAUGGGGUUGAUGGUCUGUGUUAACAUAUCUGAAGAACUGUCCCAGGGAAGAGGAAUUGAGUGGGGUCUUCUCCCACUCCCAGCUUCAUAGAACAGGGUUAGGAGCGGGGCAGAAGCUAACUUCCUGACAAUCAGAGCUGUCCCAAGGUGGAAUGGACUUGGGGGUUGGGGAUGCUGGAAUUGGAUUUGGGGAAGAGUUCUAUAAAGGAUAUUCUCGUGCAAGAAAUGGGAGUAGGAAAUGCUCUUUGUCCCCCUGGAAUCCCCUCCCCAACUCGGAGACUCUGUGAUGAUACCCCCAGUUGUACAUGGUAUACACCCCCCCAUUCUAUACAGAUCUAUUUUUAUAUGAAAGUUGUUAAUUUCACCAGUGUAAGCCAAUGGGGCGGAAGGGGUGGGGCGUGAUGGGGUGGGGAAGUUCUUUGUGAUUUGAUUUCUUUGGUUAAUUUUGGAGAUGUUUUGUAUUUAUGGGGUCCUGUCUGCUACAUGCAAUAAUAAAGACAUAUGGACACCUGGACUGUGAAAUAAAGGGGAGUCCCUGUUGUGGUCAGCUAUGGAAGAUGAUGGGGGCAGGAGGUCUGGCCCAGGAUACACCCAGCCACGGUCAGAAUUUUUAUUAUUGUAUUUUUUUUAAAGGGACUGGAGGCAUCAUUUAAGAUCUUUGAUCCUUAAGGGCAAUGAUCAGAGAGGUGGGUUGAGAUGAUGAGGAAUUCUACAUGAUUCAAUCCACUAAGCACUUUCUAUGUGCAAAGAACAGCUGAAGUGGGGCUUUGACCAAUUAGGGGCUUCUUGUGGAGCUUUUAGAUAGAGAAGGGGCAAAAGCUUUUCCCCUAGGAGCCUUCCCCUAAAUCUAGGCAUUUUUUUUGGUAAUUUUUGAGCCUUUGCAGAACUCAUGAGAGUGAGUUAGCUAUGUGUGCAAAGGCCAAAGGUGCAAAGACCAAACAUGGAUAAUCCUCCCUUCUCCUGAUUCUUGACUGCUGCCUUUUCCUCUCCUCAGGCCAUAUUUAAACUUGAUGGCUGAUUUGGAGAAUAUAGAGAUGGAGGGGCCUGUUUUCCUGGAGCAGAAACUAUCAAAGAACAGAAGGUUUUCUGUAUCUGUACUAUUUACUCUAUAGUAAAUCAGAAUCAGACACUCCUCACAUAGUCAAUGAAAGCUACCAGGCAAUUCUUCCCCAUUUCAUUCAAAACAUAAGAUGGAUCAAGAUUUCUGGAGAGUGAAAGGGACCCCUUUCCAUGAGAGGAUUCCCUCCCAAGCUACACCAUUCUUGUUGGUUGGGACUAUGGGUAAAGAAGGAAUCAGCUAGGAAAGCAUCUCCCAUCUCUAGCAUCAAGUGCAGAGGUCAGAGAUCCGGGAUCUUGUCUUAAUGGAGCAGAAAGUAGGAGAAAAUACCGCAUUUAUUUGAUCCUGGUGUCAAGGAUGUAUCAGAAAACAUUUAUUAAGGGCACAAUGUCCCAGAGGCUCUGCUAAGCACCAGUCCCUUUGCUAACUUGAGGGCUGCAGGUCCUGAUGCUGGCCUCCUGAUCCUCCUAUAAAUCCUCUGCCUGUUGGAGGCCUUUCUCUGGGUCUUUCAUGAUUUCUCAGACGCUAUCACCGUCCCUGUUAGUCCUUCCUCCCAUAGCAUUGCCACUGUCCCUCUGCUAAUCAUCCCUUCACUCUUGCUACAUAGCUACACCACUUUGCUUGCUAAUCCCACAGCAUAGGUGCUUUUGGUUUGAGUCUGUGACUUCAAAAUUAUGGGACAUUCCCUCCACUGAUUUGUCAGAACCGUGUAGGCUUUCAAAGCCCCAUGGAAGGCUGAAAGGCAAGAUGAUUUGGUUCAGAGUGACUUGGACAGUAGACUUCAGAGGCAGCCUUCAACUAACUUGGGCCCUCCCUUCCCCACGCCUAGAUACCUCCUAGCCUUAAUGUCUCAUAAGGCUCUUCUUAUACAUGUAUAAGCCCUCAUGUUUCAAGAUGUUUACACCUAUCAUGAAUCUUUCCAACACCUUUUGGGUUACCUGUGGUUGGGAUUUCAUCAGAGAUCAUGGAGCUACAUGAUUCACAGCAUUACUAGGAGAAUCCUGGUGUGAAAGAGCUGGGGUUUAGUUGGGAGCGUAAAAGAUCCAUUUUAUGAGGAGAGCAAGAAGAAUUUGGGAGGAGGAGCAGACAACAAGUCUCUGCCUUGUAUAAACCUGUGCCAAAUAGAAAAUGGGGUUGUAACUAGUUAAUAUUAAAAGAAAUACUCCUGAUAAUACUUUAAAAUAUACAAUAAUCCAAUGAAAUAAUAGGCAGGCUGUGCAAAUGUGAUCAAUGAAGGCAUUAAUUAUUAAUUGAUAAGAGUGGAAAGGGAUUUGGACUUGGGGUCUGAAGGAACUUGGUUCCAACACUGAUUAGUCAUGUGACCAUUGGCAAGGCACUAAAAUCUCUCUAGGCCUCAGUUUCCUCAUUUGUAAAAUUGAGAAUAAUUCUUUUAAGUACUAUCAAAGAGCAAACUAUUAUUACUUUUAUUUCGCAACUGAAGAAAUUGAGUCCCGGGAGGGGAGCAGAUUCACCCAAGCUCACACAACUAGUAAAUGUCAGCUCAUGUGUCUGAAGCGAGGUGGUCUGAUUUUGACAGGAAACUGGGUAGCUCAAUGGAUAGAACACUAGGCCUGGA